CUUCCGUACGUCUCUCCACCAUUUGCCUCUUCACCACUAACUCCAGCCACAGUCGUCUCUGCUCUCUCCUCUUUUUUCGUCUCAUCUCGAUCCUGCAUAAUGACUCCGCCGCCGCUAGAAGAACUUCCAGUUGAUGAUUGCUGCGGCAGUACUCUGCCGGAGAUUCCGUUAAUGGAACCUAUUGAAACUUUUGACGAUGCUUGGAAAAACAUCACCCGCGAUGUUGUGCGUUUUAUGUCGGAUUCCGAAAUCUCAGCAACCGGUGGCGACAAGAGCGACAAUUCCUUGACCGAUAAAACGAACAGUAAGACGGCGUCGCCGAGUCUCGCCUGCAGUGGUGGAGGAGCGGAGAUCGGAGACUCGGAUGUGGCGCUAACUAACAAGAUGUCUUCCAUUCUCAAACCGUCUCCUAGCGUGGGGAUUUGUCUGCAGAAUCUUCUGGAUACAAAUAACGGUGUCUCCGGAAAGAAUGGUGGAGCAGAUAAUGGCUCAAAUACGUCAAUCAUGGAUGAGGCGUGGAAGCAGCUUAGCAUGUCCUACGUUUACUUUAAAGGACAGCGCGUAGGUACAAUAGCCGCCAUUGAUACAGGAGGUGAAACCUUGAAUUAUAAUCAGGUUUUUGUGAGAGACUUCGUUCCCUGUGGAUUGGCGUGCCUGAUGAAGACCGACGCAGAUGUCGACAUAGUAAAAAAUUUUCUGCUGAAGACUCUGCACCUCCAGGGAUGGGAGAAGAGAAUCGAUAACUUUACACUUGGGGAAGGCGUGAUGCCAGCCAGCUUCAAGGUUAUCCAAGACCCUAUCCGUCAGAAGGAGGUUCUACAAGCCGAUUUCGGAGGCUCUGCAAUCGGAAGAGUUGCGCCAGUUGAUUCUGGUUUCUGGUGGAUAAUAUUACUCCGAUCAUACACAAAAUGCACGCACGAUUAUUCGUUGUCAGAAUUGCCCGAGGUGCAAAGAGGAAUGAAGUUGAUACUUAACCUCUGUUUGUCGGAUGGAUUCGACACAUUCCCUACAUUAUUAUGUGCAGAUGGAUGCAGCAUGAUUGACAGGCGGAUGGGGAUCUAUGGAUAUCCAAUUGAGAUCCAGGCAUUGUUCUUCUUUGCAUUGAGGUGUGCAAGACAAUUGCUGAAACCUGAACAUGAUGGUAAGGAAUUGAUCGAGCGAAUCGACAAGCGUAUCACGGCUCUGAGUUACCAUAUACAGAAUUACUACUGGCUCGACUUCACUCAACUCAACAACAUCUACCGCUACAAAACUGAGGAGUAUUCUCACACUGCUGUCAACAAAUUCAAUGUGAUUCCUGAAUCCAUACCCGAUUGGGUGUUCGAGUUCAUGCCCUUAAGAGGAGGUUAUUUCAUCGGAAAUGUAAGCCCGGCGCGCAUGGAUUUUAGGUGGUUCUUGGUCGGAAACUGCAUAGCUAUUCUAAGCUGUUUAGCAACGCCGGAACAGGCUACAGCAAUCAUGGAUUUGAUCGAGGAGCGAUGGGAGGACUUAAUCGGGGAAAUGCCCCUAAAGAUUGCGUAUCCAGCACUCGAAGGACAUGAAUGGAAGAUAGUAACUGGAUGCGAUCCGAAGAACACGAGAUGGAGUUAUCACAACGGUGGUUCUUGGCCGGUGCUCAUAUGGCUGUUGACGGCGGCGAGCAUCAAAACAGGGAGGCCGCAGAUUGCGAAGAGAGCGAUAGAGCUGGUGGAGCAGCGGCUGGCGAAAGAUGGAUGGCCGGAGUACUACGACGGGAUGCACGGGCGGUACAUCGGAAAACAGGCAAGGAAGUAUCAGACUUGGUCCGUAACAGGGUAUCUAGUGGCAAAACUGAUGAUUGAGAAUCCAUCGAAUCUCCUCAUUAUAUCACUUGAGGAGGACAAAAAGAUAGCAAAGCCAAGGCUCACUAGAUCUGCUUCAUGGACCUGUUAGAACUUAGAACAAGAAGAAGAAGAAGAUCUACAAAUGAUGCCCCAACAACCUGAAGCCGCUGCAACAUACUACUGCUGCUACAUGAGUCAUGAGAUUUGUGCUGGUACAAAGACAGACUCCACUAUGAAUAAACAGGUAAGUAAAAGGGGGAGGCAAAUACAAUUCAGUAAUGUUUUUAUCAGUUUGAUCUUGCAUUGCAUUUGCAUCUACUUUUAUAGCUGAGGUAGCUGGUGGCCCUUUGAACCUAGCUAGUUAAAAGACAUGUAGAACCAGAAACAACUAGUA